AUGUCGCAAGCCUACUCCUUCAAGCACUUUACCGUCGUGUUCCCGGCUGAGCAUCAAUAUGUCGCUCACGUGGAGAUCAACCGAGCUGAUAAGAUGAACGCCUUCUUCGAAGCGAUGUGGCUCGAAUUAGGUCAACUUUUCAAUCAACUCUCUGAAGACUCUUCUGUCCGGGCCGUUGUUCUCAGUGGAGCUGGAGAGAAGGCUUUCACCACCGGCUUGGAUGUCAAGGCUGCUUCCGAGGGCCUGCUUUCAGAAGGCACCGACGCUGACCCUGCCCGCAAGGCCGCUCAGAUGCGUCGCCAUGUGGCCCAGAUGCAGGAUUGUAUUUCCGCCGUUGAGCGCUGCGAGAAGCCUGUCGUGGUCGCCAUGCACGGAUUCUCGUUCGGGCUGGCCAUCGAUCUGUCAACCGCCGCAGAUGUGCGUGUCUGCUCGAAGGACGUGCGUUUCUCGGUGAAGGAAGUCGAUAUUGGACUAGCGGCAGAUCUGGGCACCUUGAGCCGGCUACCCAAGGUGGUUGGUAGUUCUAGCUGGGUGAAAGAGGUGGCACUGACCGCACGCGUAUUCGGAGCUGAGGAGGCCCUACGCGUGGGCUUCGUUAGUGCUGUGCAUGAGAAUCGUCAAGCCACAAUUUCAGCAGCCUUGGAGAUGGCCACCUUGAUUGCAUCUAAGAGCCCGGUAGCGAUUCAGGGUACCAAGGAGGUCCUGAACUUCUCGCGCGACCACUCCGUGCAGGACGGUCUGCGCUACGUGGGAGUGUGGAAUGGUGCUGCCCUGCAAACCAAGGAUGUGUCUGCGGCACUAUUGUCCGGGUUACAGAAGCGUACGCCGACUUUUGAGAAGCUUUAA